CCUGAUGAUUAUGAAGAAAAUAUGGAAGAAUAUGAAGAAGAAGAGGAGGAGGUAGAGGAUGAAGAAGAAGAGGGGGAAGAAGAAGAAGAAGUCUAUAGUGAUGAUAAUGUACUUGAUGAGGCCAAAAGUUCAGCAUUUCUAAAACAUUAGAUGGCAGAGAAACUGAAACUAAACUUAAUUUUGUCACUAAUAUCAACCAGACACAGGUGAUCAACCAAGCAACAGUAAAUUUCAAAAUCCUAGUCCAGAUUAUAAUGUUUCACCUGAUUCACAUAUCACUCAAAUAAAUAUUCCUCAAGAAAAGAGAAAACAUUCCAUUUCCUGAGCCACAAACUCCAAAUCAAAUUUUUACCACCUAAGGAAUCUAUUGUUACAAAUGUAAAUCCUGUUUCUACCUUCAGUUGCUAAUGAAGUUAAUGUAAGUGCAGAAGAAUCAAACUACACAAAUAAUGUUAAAAAUCAUAAAAAACAGUUCUAUACAAAACAAAUGUUAGUCAAACAAAAGCAAGUUUAUUGGAAGACAAACAUUCAAGUUUAGAACUUUCAAAAAAUAAAUCAACAGCACCAAUUGCACCUAACACUAGUCAAAGUAGAAGUUGUCCCAAACUGUCAACAUUCCAAUCCAGUUUUAAGUACCUCAAAUAUGGAUGCAAAUGACACAUCACCCAUAGAUACAACUACUGAAAUUAAAAAUAUACCUAAAAUAAACACUGAGCAAAACAUUAUCUGUUGAGCAAGAAAAAGUUGAUGAUAAAACGAUUCCAAAAAAACAAGAGAAAAAUGGAAAAAAUGUAGAAGUAAAACAACAUAGAAAGGAUGAUGACAAGGAAAAAAAUCAAGUCAACAAGAAAAUGUUAAUGACAAGACAAAAUCAGAAGAGGAAGAACAGGAUGCUGAAAAGAAAGAUUCAAAACAGCAACAAAAUAAUUAUGGACACUGUGGAACCAAAAUAUUCAGAAGAGAUUCAGGACAAGAAGGACUAUAAAAAACCAGAAAUAGUUACUGACAAGAUAAAUUCAAAUCAGCAAGAGAAGAUUGAUGGCAAGGAAAAAAAUCUAUACAAGUACAAAAUACUAAUGGGAAGUCAAAAUUAACACAGAACGAGGCUAAUGGACAAAAAGAAAUAAAACAAAAAGAAAAAUGUUAAUGAUACAAAAAACAUAUUAUACUGAAAGAAAAAAGUUGAUGACAAGAAUCAAUCAUUGAAAAAAGAAAAAUGUUGAUGACAAUAAAAACUCAAUACAAAUGGACAAUUCUGACCACAAGUCAUCAUCUAAUCUCCAGAAAAAUGUUGAUAACAUGAAUUUAUCAGAUCCACCAGAAAAUAACAGCAAAAAAGAAUCAGCUAAACUUGAAACCUUUAAAAAGUGAUGCAGAAUUGACACAAGAAAGCCUUAGUAGAAAGAUAGAGUUAAAACAAGAAAAAGUUAAUGGCAAGUUAAAACCAAAACAGCAAGUAAAAUAUUGAUAACAGGAAAGAUUCAGCAAAACAGAACUUUGAUAGCAAAACAAAUUUAAAACAGCAGCAAAAUCUUGAAGAAAAUAAAGAAUUAACACAAGAAAAUGUUAACGAUAGGUCAAAAUUAAAUCAGCAAGAGGAUUCUGAUCACAUAGCUGAAUUAAAACAACCAGAAUUGGCUAAUAAUACUAUUGAAUUAACUCAGAAUGAAAAUUUGGAUACCAUAACAGAAUCCAUAAAGCAUGGAAAGGAUGAAAACAUAGAAUCAACUUCACCAGAAGUUAAUAGCAACACUGAAAUAAAAUCAAAACGAGGUAAAGUAAAUAGAAAGCAAAAAUUAGUUCAACAGCAAAAUCUUGAUUUUAAAAACAGAAUCGAGUCAGCCAGAAAAAAGUUUGAAAGCAAAAGUAAAAGUAUCACAAAAUGAAAUUGUUCAUGAAAACACAAAAACAGGUAUACCUGAAGUUGAUAAAUCAGAUUCUGUAUCAAUUAAUUUAACGAUAGAUUCAGAAACAAAUGAUGAAGAUCCUACAAGUGGAUUACAGAGUGAUUUGCAAAUACCCAUAUCUCCUAAUAAUGUUUCCACCAUCAUUAACUGUACCACAUAAAAGUAGUUUUCUGGGAAUGUAUCUCCCCUUAGUGGUUUAUCAGAAAAUAGUCUUUUAAGUAACACACCAAAUUCUGAAGAAGACACCACCCUAAAAAAAGAAGUUGUUGCUAGUCCGACAGAUUUACCAGAAUCCUAACCAAUAAUAACAAUAUAAAUAAAAAUGAUGACACAAGAGAUGAUUCAGUUGACAUGAAAACAAGCUCAUCCUCAACUGAAAUUUUCAAAAGUUCAGAAAGAGACACAACUAAUUCUCAACAAAGCGUAAGAAACAGUGAUGUUAUGCAUUUAUUAACACCAACAUCUGUACCUGAAUAUGUCCUCAAUGAGGCUCUCUAUUCUGCAUUGAGCGAUGGUGACAAACGAUCCAGUACAGACCCUAAAUUGUUAUCAACCAGAGGCUCUAGUGAUAAGUCACAAACAAGCGAUAGAAGCUUGUCUAUGAUUGAAAGCAGGGCUGAAAUAUUAGAAACUAUUAAAAGCUUCUUUAUCUAGUGACCUAGUGUUAGAUAGGAUAGUUAGUACACUAUUUGCUAGUGUACUCAACAAUUCUGACUCAGUGGAUAUAAUAACAAAAGCCGGUGACAGUGACGAUAUUAUAACAUCUGAUAGUGAAAUAAAACGGAUCCAUACAUUUAGCUCUUCAGAUUCUGAGAUUAAAACAGAAAGUGACUUUUUUGAAGCACAAGAAGAAGUAGAGGAUGAAGAUGUGGAAGAACGUAUUUCUGCUGUGAGCGGUGAUGAACAAGAGCCUUCGGGACAAGAAAAAUUAGUAGUCAAAGAAUUAAUCGUAGAUAAUGCUGAAAAAAAAAGAAAGCCCAACACUUGAGCAACAGAAUUUGAUUGAUUACGAGCGUCAAGUAAGGCGCUACCUGGCUGAAGGGCUGGUGUCGACAUAUGACCAAGCAGAGCUUGUGGUUAAGCUGAUGGAACUGGAGUUCGACAAGGAACUCAGCGUAUCAGCAGCAAAUGAGUGCAGCUCUCUCCAGUCCGCCCUCACCUACCUGCAACAAGAGUGCCAACUGUGCACUGGAAAAUACCCUAUGAAUCAGAUGGUCUCCAUGUUAGAAUGUGAACACCGCUGUUGCCGUGACUGUGCUUUGCACUACUUCACCCUGCAGAUCACAGAGAGGAACAUUGCUGACUGUGUAUGUCCAUUCUGUAAACUGCCGGAGCUCCAGACCACCGAUCCUGACCGUGCUCUCGACUACUUCAGCAAUCUAGAUAUCAUGCUGAAGGGCCUGUUGGAGGAGGACAGUCCACGAGCUAUUCCAGCGCAAACUGCGUGACCGGACACUAAUGCAGGAUCCCAACUUCAAGUGGUGUGUCAAGUGUUCUUCAGGAUUCAUUGCCAAUCCACGCCAGAAGAGACUUGUCUGCCCUGACUGUCGCUCAGUGACUUGUGCCAGCUGUCGCAAACCCG